GUUGGUUCAAACUUGUCAGCGAGAGCCUUGGCGGCUUUUGUAUUGACCUCUCUCUCUCUCUCUCUCUCUCUCUCUGUCUCUCUCUCUCCUUCUGUUAUCGUAUAAAUAUGCAAUAUUCUUUUAUCAAUUUUUUAUUUUCGUUAUUUUUUGUUACAUCUGGGUUUUGCUGGAAAAACCUUUUGGAGUCAAUUGGUAUUAUGUUAUAUGUUUGAAGAAUUUGCCGAAUCAGAUCUAUUGAGAGGAGCUUAGGGCUUGGGGCUUAAGAGGAUGGAUUGGUUUAUGUAAAUUUCAAAAGAUAUAACUUUUGGAGAGGCUUUUAAGAUAAUGUUUUCCAUUCAGAAGGGGAGAUGCUCAUGGUCUCUCUAUGCAACAAUUGCUUCAGUUGUGGCAUUGGUUUCUGUAGUUCAUCUCUUCUGGUUUCCUUUGACGCCUUCACUUGAUUACUUCAGACUAGUUCAGAAGACUUGUGUCCCAAUUAAUGGAUCUGCUGACGCAUCCAUCAAAAAUAUCAAUGAAAGCAAACAACAGCCUAUUGACCUAGAAUAUCAGUUUCCAGCUGACUUGCACAAGGCAGUUUUUUAUUGUGGUGCACCAUGGAAGGCAGAAAUUGGGCGGUGGCUUUCUGGUUGUGAUUCAAUUACUAAAGAAGUUGACAUUGUUGAGACAAUAGGUGGCAGUGGUUGCAAAAAUGACUGCAGUGGUCAAGGUGUUUGUAAUCAAGAAUUGGGACAAUGCUGGUGCUUUCAUGGAUAUAGUGGGGAAGGAUGCUCUGAGAGACAACAGUUGGACUGCAACUUUCCAGCAUCACCAGAGCAACCAUAUGGGAGAUGGGUUGUUUCAAUUUGUUCUGCUUAUUGUGACACAACAAGAGCAAUGUGCUUCUGUGGGGAAGGCACAAAAUACCCAAAUCGUCCAGUGGCUGAAGCAUGUGGCUUUCAAUUUAAGUUACCUUCUGAUCCAAAUGCUCACAAACUGUCUGAUUGGACCAAAGCUGACCUGGAUAAUAUAUUCACAACGAAUAUCAGCAAACCAGGAUGGUGCAACGUGGAUCCAGCUGAAGCAUAUGCCCUCAAAGUGAAAUUCAAAGAAGAAUGUGACUGCAAAUAUGAUGGUCUUUGGGGGCGGUUCUGUGAAAUUCCUGUGCUAUCUACUUGUAUCAAUCAAUGCUCUGGACACGGACAUUGUCGUGGUGGAUUUUGCCAGUGUAGUAGUGGUUGGUAUGGAGUCGAUUGCAGCAUUCCAUCAGUUGUAUCAUCAGUUAGAGAGUGGCCUCAAUGGCUUCGACCAGCUAAGAUUGAUGUACCGGAUAGUUUAAAUCUCACAGGAAAAGUUGUCAACCUUAAUGCUGUGGUCAAAAAGAAAAGACCCCUUAUAUAUGUUUACGAUUUACCCCCAAGCUUCAACAGCCUGCUUCUUGAGGGGCGCCAUUAUAAGUUGGAGUGUGUAAACAGAAUCUAUGAUGAGAAAAAUGCAACACUAUGGACAGAACAGCUCUAUGGUGCUCAGAUUGCACUCUAUGAGAGUAUCUUGGCUAGUCCAUACCGCACUUUAAAUGGUGAAGAAGCAGAUUUCUUCUUUGUUCCUGUUCUUGAUUCAUGCAUUAUCACCCGAGCUUAUGAUGCUCCUCACUUGAGCAUGCAGGAACAUAGGGGCUUGAGAAGCUCUCUCACUCUCGAAUUUUAUAAGAAGGCGUAUGAUCACAUUGUUGAACAAUAUCCUUUUUGGAACCGCUCAUCUGGAAGAGACCAUUUGUGGUUUUUUUCAUGGGAUGAAGGUGCGUGCUACGCCCCUAAGGAGAUAUGGAAUAGCAUGAUGUUGGUUCAUUGGGGUAAUACAAACUCGAAGCACAACCAUUCAACAACAGCCUAUUGGGCAGAUAACUGGGAUACUAUUUCUUCUUCUAGAAGGGGCAAACAUCCAUGCUUUGACCCUCAAAAGGAUCUUGUGCUUCCUUCCUGGAAAAUUCCUGAUGUUAACUCUAUAAGCAAAAAACUUUGGUCUAGGCCCCGUGACAAGCGGAAGACAUUAUUUUUCUUCAAUGGAAAUCUAGGACCUGCUUACCAAAAUGGAAGGCCAGAAGCUUCGUAUAGCAUGGGAAUCAGACAGAAACUGGCUGAAGAAUUUGGCUCAAGCCCUAACAAGGAUGGCAAGCUUGGGAAGCAACAUGCAGAAGAUGUGAUUGUUACCCCAAUACGCUCCAAAAAUUAUCAUGAGGAUUUAGCCAGUUCUACUUUCUGUGGUGUAUUUCCAGGGGAUGGUUGGAGUGGUCGAAUGGAAGACAGUGUUCUGCAAGGGUGCAUCCCAGUGGUCAUUCAGGAUGGGAUUUUCCUGCCAUAUGAGAAUGUGCUCAACUAUGAUAGCUUUGCUGUUCGGAUACGUGAAGAUGAUAUUCCAAAUCUUAUAAAUAUUCUCCGGGCAUUUAAUGAGACAGAAAUAGAAUUUAAGCUAGCCAAUGUGCAGAAAAUUGGGCAAAGGUUCUUGUAUCGUGAUUCUGUUAUGCUUGAGGCCAAGAGGCAAAAGGAUGCAUAUGGCCGUGUGGAAGAUUGGGCAGUUGAGUUCUCAAAAUUAGUUGAAGAUGAUGUCUUUGCAACAUUUGUACAGGUUUUACAUUACAAGUUACAUAAUGAUCCUUGGAGGCAACUUACUGGGGUAAACAAGGAGUUCGGAUUAUCUCGAGAAUGUUAUACAAAUACCAAGUGAAGAGCGAUUCUAACAACUAGAACUAAUUCCGAAGAGAUUGUCAUAUAGCUGAAAGGCUUUUAUGUUCAAGACCAAUUCAGAUGAACAAGUGCUUCAACAGAACAAAGUGCAGCAUCCAAUUAGAUACCUUAAAAGCCACACCUUCGUAGUCUCUUGAGGGAGACUACUUUCUAGCCAAGUGAAUACAAAAUUUAUUUAUUCAUUUAUUUUUCCAUAUGAAUGUGAAAUUUGUAACUUUGAAUACCUUUUAGAAACAGAAGUAUACAAGCGAGUUCAUUUUUUCUUUGUUGUGAAAGGAUAAGUCAAAAGUUAAAUAAAUUUUGAGUAAAAAAUUCAAUAAAUUUUGUUCAUUAUGGUUA